AUGGCCGCCACAAGAUGGAGAACGAGGCGGCGGCGGGCCGUCCCCGGCCUCGUCUCACUCCUCCUCCUCGCCGCAUUCCAGUCCCCCGCCGCCUCCGCCGCCGCCGAACAAGCGCACGCCUUCCCCUACAUGCCAACACAGAUCCUCACCCCCAGCGCCUGCGUCAACCAAUCGUCCUGCCGCGGCCGCGACGUCGCCUACCUCUUCAGCCCCUCGAGCGACGGCGUGCGCUUCCUCGCCCUCAACUACUCCUCGGGCAUCGAUGCCAACGCGGAGCCCAAAUCCGUGUCCACGACGCUGCCCUUUCUCGAAAAUGCAGGGUCCACGGCGGCGUUUGGCGCGGCGAGGGCGGCCAACGGCGAGGUGCUCGUCUUUGCGGGCGCGUGUGACGGGCCCGGCGGCGAUGUCUGGAGCUACACACCUGGUGGCGACGAUGAUGCCAAAUGGGAGCGGAGAACGACGACGAUGGAUAAGGGAGCGCAGAAGGGAAGCACGCAAGGGCCAUACUUUUUAGGCGGCACGCUCGCCUUCUCGUCCAAGCUGGAGCCCACCAUGGACGAGCCAACAUUAUACACAUACGGCGGCAUGUGCACGCCGCCGUCGACGGCCAACACGCAGGAGUGGCAGUCGGACGCAAACUACACCAAGACGAUGACGAGGCUCACGCCGGGAGGAGGCGGCAGCCAGGACAGCUACAGCCUGGGCGUGGCGUCGGUGUCGGGCCCGCGCUCGCCCUUUGCGGGCUUCUCGGUGACGCAGCUGCCGCCGUCCAUGACCAACAUGUCCGGGUCCGUGGCGCAGCAGGCCAGCUUCGUCUUCCUGGGCGGGCACACGCAGUGGGCUUUUAUCAACAUGAGCACCGCCGCCGUCUGGAGCCUGCCCGAGGAGACGUGGUCGUACAUCAACGUGCAGCCGCCCCUCGCCACGGGCGAAAAGAUGCCCGGCAACGAGCUGGCCAAGAACCAGAACCAACAGAAGCAGGGUCAGGUGCAGAACCAGGACAGCAGCAGCGAUGGUGCGGGUCUGAGGAGGAAGAGGGACGGCGGCGCGGCGCCGGACAACGUGUAUAGUCGGUCGGGCCACACGGCGGUGCUCAGCGAGGAUGGCAGCUCCGUCGUUAUAUUGGGGGGCUGGGUCGGCGACGUGGGCACCCCGGCGGAACCGCAGCUCGCGGUGCUCGAGAUGAGCCAGGCGUAUAGCUCCUGGCGGUGGCGCAUCCCCGAGAAGCAGCCCGACGGGGGCAUCUACGGCCACGGCGCGGCGAUGCUGCCCGGCAACGUCAUGGUCGUGUAUGGCGGAUGGGAGACGAAGACGACGACAACUAAGCAGAAGCGCCAAGACGCAUCGUCACUGCGAUUCUACAACCUGACGUCCAUGGCGUGGACUUCAUCGUACACGAACCCCAACGCUGGCAGCGGCGACGGCUCCGGUGGAAACGGCGGAUCCCACGACGCUCCCGGGUCAGGCGGCUCCUCAAAGUCGAAGCGCCUGGGCCUCGGACUGGGUUUGGGUCUGGGCCUCGCUCUGCUCCUCGGCAUCAUAUUCUGCUUCCUGCUCUGGCGCAUGCGACAGCGCAGGAAGCAGGCGCGGCACGACGAGGCAGUGCGGGCCAUGGCCGAGGACGCGCGACACUUCCUCCACGACACCGACAUGAUUGAACGCGACGACUUCCUCUUCGGCUGGGGCGGCCAGCGGGACUGGCGCAGCAGCGGCCAGCAGCAGAGUGGCGGCCGAUCGCUGGGCUACGAGAGCCUCCGGGGCGCCGGCGCGGGACGGAGCUCGCUCGACGCCGGGGCCGGCGGUCCGGGACCCAUCGCGCGGAAGCCCGUCGCCGGCGUCGCCCGGGGCAUGCGCAACGGCUACCAACCGGCGCUGCCCGACGCGGGACGCUUCAGCAGCACGUUUGCGUCGCCGCCGGGCGUCAUCCACCCGAUCCUCGAGGAUGACGAGGACGAGUACUACAGCCACCACGAGCACGAGCACGCGCACACGGCGCCCCUGACGCCCACCUCGGAGGCGCACUCAGACCCCUUUGCCACGCCCGUCACGGCCACGGCCCCGCCCGUCAUCUUCUUCCCCACGGGUGCGGGUAUCGCGCGAGCGUCCAGCCCGGAGCGGAGGAGCAACAGCAGCAGCCCGGCGCGGCGCACCGACCCGGACGUCCAGGACUGGGUGUCGGACGUGGACGCCGCGGACGCGCUGCUCGAGCGGUACAGCACGACUCGCCAGCAGCAGCAGCAACAGCAACAGCAGCAAUCACAGGGCCGUGUGUCGCCGACGCGCCGGGGCUCGAACCGGUCGACGCUCACGCUCGGCGGCCUGCGUGACGAUGACUCCCGCACCGGUUCCAACCUGUCCGAGUCGGCGCGCAGCGCGGCCGACAGCCUACGCCGUUCCGCCUCGGGUCGCCGUUCCGCGGCCGGGGGCUUCCUCCUUGGCCUGGGGCUCGGCGCCGGCGCGGGCGAGCACUCCAAGCCCAGCAGCAGCUCCUCGAGCAGCUACAACACGGCGCGGUCUGGCUUCGGCGCGCUGCAGGCCGAGGCGCCGGGGCUGCUCAUGGGCGGUAGUGGCGGCGGCGGCGCACGCACGCCCGCGAGCCCGACAGGAUGGGGAGGCGCGGCCGGUGACGACGACGACUACGCGCUCGUCCCGCGGGAGCCCGGCUCGCCGUCCAAGUCCAAGCCCCCGUCGCGGCGCACCUGGCUGGGCUCCCUGCGGCGCGUCUUCUCCGGCAGCAGCAGCAGCAACGGCGCGUCGCCAGCCAACGCGUCGCGUGAGGAGCUUGAUCACCAGCACCAGUGGGACCAUAUUCAGCAGGGCGGUAGCAGCGGCGCGCUGAUGACGGCCGGAGCGGGGGCGCUGAGCGGGGAGCUGCUCCGCCGGAAGCAGGGCCGGCACGACUGGCAGGACUCGGGCGACGAGGGCGGCGGCGGCAGCGCGCUUGGCAUGGCAAGCGGAGGGGGCGCGAGAGGAGGAGGCGGAGAGGGUGACGGCGCGCGGGAAAAGGACGAGUGGGAUAUCGAGAGAGCGGUCGAGCAGCGGCUUGUGCAGGUAAUGUUCACGGUGCCUAAGGAGCGCCUGCGCGUGGUCAACGCCGAUGACAACAACGACGAUGACGCGGACAGGCGGUCGCUGGGCAAGGGGUCCGGCGGCGGCGGUCGAGACGCAGCACCCAUGGCGACGACGGCUCAGCAGCGCGGCGAGGAACACGUCGCUCCGGCGGAGGCGCUGCGGGAGCCGCACGUCGCGGAGCUGGUUGACCCGUCGAGCACGGACUCGAGCACGGAUACGACGACGACGACCAAGUCUUCGCUACGCUCGGCGGCGUCGCGAGAGGGCGGGCUGCAGCAGCAGCAGGCUGAUACGACUACGCAGAGAGAUGCCAGCAUCACUGCCACCGAGGUUGUUGCCCCCUCUGCCCCCAUCUUCGAUAAGCACGAAGAGCCUCACGGCGAUGACAACGACAACGACCAUCAUCAUCAUCACGACCACCACCACCACCAUCACCACCACGACGAAGACGAAGACGAGGACGACGUCCACGACACCAGCUUCCUCAGCAGCGGCAGCGCUGGCGGCGGCGGCGUGCGGGCCAAGCACCAGAGCCACAGCGGCACCGUAAGCAGCAGCGGCGGCGACUACCUCGGCGUAGACGGCAUGUCGAACCCGCGGCUGUCGCACUCGACGGACGGGUCGGGGCGGCGCUCGUCGGGCGUCUUCAUGACGGCCGAGGCGGUGACGUUUGAGCGCCCGCGCAUGACGAUGCGCACCACCACCACCACCACCACCACGCGCGUGCGCGACAUGGUGGACCGGUACGAGACGCGCAGCGCGGAGGCGAGUCCCGUGCGGAGCCAGGCGGAUAGCCCGACGAGGGGGAUGCGCUGA